UCCUAUAAUUCAAACUUAUAAAGGAUGACCAUUUAUACUAGUUGAAUGCCAUAAUUGGUCCCUUUCUUAUCCCCUUCCAUCAUAGUUCAAUCGAAGGGCGAAAACAAUGGCAGCAUCAACACUCACCUUCAGUACCUUUUCUACUCUACAAACUUUCCCCAGAAUUGCAGCAGUUGAAAAUACAAAACGCGUGAACUUCUCCGUUCGGUCGCAGUUUGAUGUGCAGAGUGCGUCGAAUUCGAAAAAUGAAGGCCGUGGACAAAGGCGAAUAUGGAGGCGAAGAAAAUUGAUGAAAAAGGAUGAAACAUUAGAUGCCAAAAUGGAAAGGAUUCCAUUUCUUGAGGAACAAGUGAGGAAGAUUAGGGAUGGUGGUAAACUAUUGACAAUGGACAUUCAUAGACUAUUACUGAACGAGGACAAUAGGUUUGAUUUUGUCAAUGAGAUUGCAGCAGAGGCCAAACAAUAUGUUGAGAACAACCGAGAUGAAUAUGGUGCAAAGAAGGCUAUCCUUCAUGUGCUUAGUAAUCGUAUGAAUGAUGCUGGAGUUUAUCGCGCAGAGGCAUACAUGGAAUCUGACCCCUUCAAGCCUGGCCCUGGAUAUUUGAAAGACGAACUACUGUAGAUGAUUAGUUAGCCAUACUUUCUGUAUUCCUAUAGAGUUUCUCUACUUGGUAGGCACUAUGUACACACUUAUCCGGGGUUCAAUGUCAAAUUAGUAGAGGUAAAAAUCAACCAUAGCACUUCCAAAAAAAAAAAAUCUUUUUUCUAAGGUAGAAUACGGUCGUUUGAGAGGGUGUAUAAGAAUAAUGCAAAAUAUUAUGUAUUAGUAAUACAUGCAUUAGUAAUGAUUGCGUUAUUAAUGCUUA